UUAGCCGGAUUAGGGUUUCAUAGGCUGCCGCCGAACGAAUCUAAACCCCUAAAAACUCCGUCUUUCUCUGUCGUUCUCUCCAUCGCUGCCGGUCGCUAAUGGCGAAGACAACCGGCCGCUCGAAUGCCUCAAGCAAAAAGGAGAAGAAGAAGAAGAAGGGAAGCAAGCGCUUCCUCUCCGGCCCCGGUGCCGCAGCCAUGAAGGCCUCGAAGCCUGUUUCAGUUGUGAACCCCUUUGAGAGCAUAUGGUCACGCAGGAAAUUCGACGUCCUUGGAAAGCGCCGCAAGGGCGAAGAGCGUCGCAUUGGUCUCGCUCGCUCUCUUGCCAUUGAAAAGAGGAAGAAAACUUUGCUUAAAGAGUAUGAUCAGAGUGCAAAGUCGUCUGUGUUUCUGGACAGGCGAAUUGGUGAAAAAGAUGACACGCUUCAAGAGUUCAACAAGCAAGUCUUGCGUCUACAGCGUGAGCGUCAGUUAAAGUUGAAAAAGUCUAGAAAAUACAAUUUAUCAGAUGAUGAGGAAGAUGCUAUGACAUUAAAUCAGCUUCUUUCAUCUGAUAGAGAUGAUUUUGAGGAAGAAGUGCCUCCAGAUGAUGAUCUUGAUGCUGACAUAGAUAAUCACAAUGGUUCCGCUUCUUCACGGCGAUUAAGUUUAAAUUCUCUGCCUAAAUCUUCAGAAUUGGGUUUGCCUGAUGAAGAGGAUGAGGAGGCUCACAAGUCAAAGAAGCAAGUGAUGGCAGAAGUAAUAUCAAAAAGCAAAUUUUACAAGGCUCAAAAAGCAGUUGAGAAGGAAGAAGAUGCAAGCCUAUUGGCAAAGUUAGACGAAGACUUUAGUACAAUUGCUCAAACAAAGGCGCUACGGUCUUUAUCUCAUCCAAGUAAGAUGAAGUCAUUAGAUGCUCUAUUGAACAAAAAUAUUCAAAGGGAGCACAAAGAAGGAUCAUUUGGUUUGCCAGUCAAGGAGUCUAAUGAGAAACCGGAUGAAUAUGACAAACUUGUCAAAGAGCUUGGUUCAGAUAGGAGAGCUCAUGCAUCAGAUAGGACAAAAACUCCAGAAGAAAUAGCUCAAGAAGAAAAAGAACGUCUUGAAGAACUUGAGAAACAACGUUGUGAAAGGAUGCAUGCUACUGAUGAUUCUUCAGAUGAAGGUGCUAGUGAUGAUGAAGAUAUCCAAUCACUUGCGAAGACUUCCAGACCUACGUCUGGUGAUGAUCUUGGAGAUUCCUUUUCCAGUGGCAAGGAUCUAAUGGACAAAAGGUGUUGGGUUGACAACAUAAAUGAACAAAAUGACACAGACAAUCAGGAUGAAACUGGUUCUUCGUCUCAGGAUUCAGAAGGUGAUGAAGAUGAUGAAGAUUCUGAUGGCAAUCCCGCUGAUGGAGAUGACACUAGUGGUGAUGAGUGCGGGAAGAUAUCUAUGGUUAGAGACUGGGAACAAAGUGAUGAUGAUGAACUGGAUAUGAAUGAUGAGGAAGCAGAGAACCAUGACAGCCAAGGAGCAAGUAACUGUGAGAGGCAAAACAUGGAUUUAUGUGAAGUUAAUGCCAAGCCUGCUCAAAGAACAAAUGCUUCUCCAAAAUUAGCUACAGAUGGAGGAAAGGAGAUUCCUUAUGUAAUAGAAGCUCCAAAAACCAUGACAGAGUUAUGUUCCUUGCUGGAUAACCGCUCAGAUGAUGAAGUUCUUGAAAUCAUUGUUCGUAUUCGAGCAUACAAUUCAAUAAGACUUGCAGCAGAAAAUCGGAAGAAAAUGCAGAUCUUUUAUGGUAUACUGUUGCAGUAUUUUGCUGUCUUAGCUACUCAGCAUCCAAUAAACAUUAAAACUAUAAAUUUGCUUGUUAAACCAUUGGUGGAAAUGAGUGCAGAAACUCCAUAUUUUGCUGCUAUUUGUGCUAGGCAGAGGCUUAUACAAAUACGAACCUGUUUUUUGGAGGAUAUUCGAAAUCCAGAUAAGAGUUGCUGGCCAACUUUGAAGACUUUGCUCCUGUUGAGGUUAUGGUCACUAGUAUUUCCAUGCUCUGAUUUUCGUCAUGUUGUUAUGACUCCCAUGCUUCUCCUUAUGUGCGAGUGUCUGAUGCGUUGUCCAAUAAAGUCAUCUCGAGAUACAACAGUUGGUUCUUUCUUAUGUUCAAUGGUACUCUCGGUGAGCAAACAAUCCGGGAAAUUUUGUCCUGAGGCUCUAAUAUUCUUGCAAACACUUUUGGCAUCUUCAUUAGAGAUCAAACCUGGAUUCCAGCAAUUUCCUCAGGUGAACUGUCUUAUGGAGACUAGGAUUUUAGAACCCUGGCUUCACAUAGGUGAUCCAUCAUGUGUUGUGCAUCCUCUAGAUUUUUAUGCUGUCAUGGAAAUGCAAGAGGACUCGCCCUUCUUUGCCUCUGAUGAAUUUAGGGCAAGCAUGCUAUUAUCGGUUUUGGAAACAUUGAAUGGAUUCGUCAUUAUUUAUGAAAGAUUGAGCUCUUUCCCUGAGAUAUUCUUGCCAGUUUGUGAUUUGCUCCAGCAAGGAAUGCAAAAUUCUAAUCUGCCUAGGUUAUUGCGAGACAAAAUGCAAGAGGUUUUUGAUUUGAUCAAGAAAAAAACAGAUGAUCACCAGAUAUCUAGGCAGCCACUUCAAAUGCGCAAACAAAAGCCAGUUCCAAUGAAGUUACUGAAUCCAAAAUUCGAAGAGAACUUUGUGAAAGGUCGAGAUUAUGAUCCGGAUCGAGAGAGGGUUGAGAUGAAGAAGUUGAAGAAACUUCUAAAGAGCGAAAAGAAAGGAGCCAUUCGGGAAUUGCGCAAAGAUAGUCAAUUUAUGUCUGGACUGAAGGAGUCUGCAAGGUUAAUGCAGGACGAAGAGAGAGCAGAGAGAUACCGAAAGAGCAUGGCUUUCCUCCAAGAACAGGAACAUGCUUUCAAGUCUGGACAACUGGGAAAAGGCAAAGGCAGUAAAGGUAAAGGCAGUAAGAGGAAGAGAUGAAACAACAGUUGAUGUCGUAUACCUUCGCAUACACCAUAAUCACAAAGAAUUCUAGUCUCAUGCAAUUCCUGUAUGUUUUCUUUUUCGGUUCCUCAUGUAUCCGCGUGUUUUUUUUUUCUGUAAGGCAGGGUUUUCGCCUGUGAAUUUAAUGUUAUCUCAAAUGGUAGAGCUUAUUUAGUGGCUGAAAGUGAUUUCUGUUCAUUAUCAUCAA